AUGGUGCGUCAACCAAAGAAGCUUACGGACUGUCCGGAAAAUCUCCGGGAGUCCAUCGACUGGUUGAUCCAGGUUAAGCAUGGGAAUGGUGGUGAAGGUCUUAAGAACUUGGCUGACGCUUUGAAAAAGUUGAUUAAUGAAGCAAUUACGAAGGCCACAACUUCCCUCCAACACAAAUCCCACAAGCUCUCUUGCUCCCCAAAUCCACAUGAUCCUCUCUCCUACUGUAGUACACUUGAUAAGGACAUUAAGUCCAAAAAUGAAGAGCUUAAAAACGCUAAAAACUCUAAUAACACUAGUGAAAUAUCCUCUUUAGAAUCACAAAUUAAUGACUUAAAGUCCAACAAAGAUGACUGCACUAAGUCCCAUUUCAUGGACGGCGAGCGUAUGUCCUCCCUUGAGGCGGAAGUGCAUGAUGGCAUUGAUGUUAUUGUGAAGCUUACACAGUUUAGUGGCGGUGAAGAUAGCAUUGUAACACUAAUUGAGAAAGAGAUUGAGAGGCUUGAAAAGCAGCAUAAUGACUGUGAAAAGUCUCCGCAGCCUCAUGCCUCUUCUGACUGUCCUCAGCAUAAACUGCUUGAGGAGCUUAAAGAGAAACGUGAGACAUUAAGUCAGAAUAAUAGUAAUUGUGAAACAUUAUUAAAUAACCUCUGCACAGGCCUCGAAAAAUUUCUCGGCUUCAGCAAUGGCUCUGCGACGGGGUGA